AAAAAGGAGGAAAGAAAAGACAGAAAGAAACCCAGCUCUCCCUUUCCCAGCCGCCACAGAGUGCGUCGGCGCGAGGCGAGUGGCCGACGCGCCGUCACCUUCCUCCAGAUCCGCGGCGACCCGUGAACGAGGAAACAAAAUGGUGGAACUGAAAUUUGAAGCACCCCGGAAAAAAGAGUUACUUGCCCUGCACAAUUAUGGUGAUAAUGGUAAGGAUGAAUCGAUUACAGUAAGAAGUGAGUACCCACAAUACCCUGUCCCUCGUAUUGAAGUUACUGAGGGUUUUGAUUUCAAAAAGGUUGAGGAGAUUGUUCAUGAAAAUGAUGUUAAGAUUGCCAAGUCCAUAAAAAACGACAUAAUCAUCCCAGACCCUGCUCCACAGAUGGUGUGCGAUACCUUCUUCGACAAAUAUCCCAAAUUCGAGCCCAUCCUUGUAAAGGAUAAUGUCCGGUGCUUCCUCCGAUUUUUCAAGAAAUGUGGACAUGGCAUGUCAUGGGAUCUUACCAUCACUGCACAAACCUUAACCUGCAUUGUCAGUUUCAAUGCCCUCCGAUGUGCAAAAGUUGUAUUGAAGGGCAUGGCACCUGAGCUCUAUGGGAUGCAUGCUAAUCCCAACUGCAUAAACCAUUAUGGAUACUUUGCGCUCCACGAAGCUGCUGAUAGGUUCUCUGUUGACAUGAUCAAGCUGCUUUUACGCCAUGGUGCAUCACCCAAUGUGCGCACAGUUGGCAAUGAAAUCAUUGAGAAUCUACUCCCGCUCCAUGUCGCAGUUGAGAAUACUUGCCUGCAUAAGUAUCUGGAGGACAAUCUUUCUCACAGCCAGAAUCAUCUAGAUUAUAUCUACAAGCUUAUUCAUUUGUUGUGUCUACCUGAAAUGAAGAUCUUCUUGGAUACAACUAGACUGCUUGCAGAAAAAACAAAUAAUCUACUUCAAGAGGUCUGGAAUUACAUUGAGAAUGGAAAAAUUAUCCAGUCUGCAGUUCUACUACUGGCUGCUCAAGACAAGAUCCGUGGGGGCAGUUCUUCCAAGAUAAAUGGCAGUAGUAAGCAAAAUGGGUUUGACAUUAUCAAUAAAUGCAUAGUGAGGCUUUCAUUUGCCUUGAAAUGGGAGAAAGGUUUAGAUGGAAUGGCACAGGAUGGUCUGGAGGAAAGGAAGAAACUUAUUGAUUGCGCAUGGCUGCUUGUUGAUGUAAUUUCCCAUGCCGGUGAAGAUCUUUCUGCACACAUUCAAGCGUAUUCUGAGGUGUCCCAUGUGGAGGCCUUUCGACAUGUUUCAUCAAUCCUCAAAGAGUACGGACUUUGCCAUACCGGAGAUUUCUUGGACACUCUGAACCUCCGGCCUUAUGACUGCAGAAAGUCAAGCGGAGAGUCAUGCAAAGGGCUUACAGAUGCAAACAUGGCAGUUACGGGAACGGCCAAUCUGGAUGCUGCAGAGGAAAAGGCUGUGAGAAAGAAAGGAGGCGGAGGAUGGGAUCCCACAUAUACAAAGAGAAGUUUUUACCCUUAUUGGAGAUCAGUAUUACUAGCCCGGUUUCCUAUGAAGGUGUAUCCAGCCUAUGAUCCUAGGUCUGGGCUUAAACCUGGACAACUCCGUGUCUGUGUGAGUAAAAAGUUAAUGGCCAAUUCAUCUUCUCCAUCUCCAAAUCAUAAACUUGGUCCAGCGCAAAAAAUCUCGCCACUUAAAAGAAAUAACCAACCCAGAAGGUGCUUUAUCACUGCUGCUACUGGUGCAUUCAGGCUCUUGAAGGCGCUAAAGUAGAGUAGAAAGGUAUGCCAGGAGUUUUCAUCUCCCUGUCCCAAGUUUUCUGAAGAUGCCCCACAUAAACGGACACUAUUUAAGUCUGAAAUGGGUCGCGCCCUUGGAGACCGGCUGCCAUGUAAGAGGCAGCCGCUAAGGAAGCCCCUCUGUUUGCUGAGGGAUCCAUGCGGCCACUAGCUCGAGUUGUGGGGCUGUGGGGGUUCCUCAACCUCCACGUAUUGAUGCCAGGGGUGCCUUCGCCUUGCUCGUGCCGACGACUCCCUCUUCCCUCUCUCCCUAGUUUCCUCCAUGGUUGGUGAACUCAAGGACCCCUUCAACCCGGACUUCCAUCGAGCUGCUGAAGGAUCCUUUGGAGUUCAACUGUUACGACCCUUUUACUGCACAGGCUUAAGCAAUUGUAAAUUCCAUGGUGAAAUUUUGUCACAUUCAAAGUGUAUAUGCCAAUGCGACUCAGGUUAUCGUGAUCAUUUCUGUAUUGAUCAUGGAGGAUGUAACUCAAUUUUUUAUACGUCUACCAGGGUGGAGUUUGUUUAGAAGCUUAUGCAGUAACCAUUACUCUUGCUGUUCCGAUCUUCUGAGCAUGCUUUCCUCUGCAGAAACAAUAGUUCUAAUAUUUGCCUGUUGCUUUUAAUUCUCCUGUUAAUAAGUAGAAAACAAUUUUCCAUUGCCUUGUUGAUGGAUACAAUCUCA